ACCAUCAAGCUGUGGAAGAUCAGCCAACGGGACAAAAGGGCAGAAGGCUACAACUUGAAAGACGAGGAUGGAAGACUGAGAGAUCCUUUUAGAAUCACGUCGUUACGGGUGCCGGUGCUGCUGCCCAUGGACCGGAUGGUGGAGGCUAGUCCACGGAGGAUAUUCGCUAACGCACACACAUAUCACAUCAAUUCCAUCUCUGUCAAUAGUGAUCAUGAAACAUACCUUUCAGCUGAUGAUCUCAGGGUGAACCUCUGGCACUUAGAAAUCACAGAUAGAAGUUUUAACAUUGUAGAUAUAAAGCCUGCCAAUAUGGAGGAGCUGACAGAAGUCAUCACAGCUGCAGAGUGCCAUCCACACCAGUGUAAUGUAUUUGUGUACAGUAGCAGUAAGGGGACCAUCCGCCUCUGUGACAUGCGAGCUGCUGCCCUCUGUGACAGGCAAAGCAAAUUCUUCGAGGAGCCAGAGGACCCGAGCAGCCGGUCCUUCUUCUCCGAGAUCAUCUCCUCAAUAUCGGAUGUGAAGUUCAGUCACAGCGGCCGCUACAUGAUGACCAGAGACUACCUGUCAGUCAAGGUGUGGGAUCUGAACAUGGAAAACCGGCCUGUGGAGACCUACCAGGUGCACGAGUACCUCCGUAGCAAGCUCUGCUCGCUGUAUGAAAACGACUGCAUCUUCGACAAGUUCGAGUGCUGCUGGAACGGUGCUGACAGUGCCAUCAUGACGGGCUCGUACAACAACUUCUUCCGGAUGUUUGACCGGAACACGCGGAGGGACAUCACGCUGGAGGCCUCUAGAGAGAACAGUAAACCUCGGGCCAUCCUGAAGGCUCGCAAGGUGUCCACCGGGGGGAAGAGGAAGAAGGACGAGAUCAGCGUAGACAGUCUGGACUUCAACAAGAAGAUCCUACACACAGCGUGGCACCCAAAGGAGAACGUCAUCGUUGUCGCAGCCACCAACAACCUCUACAUAUUCCAGGACAAGAUCAACUAAACUUAACAACCCCCCCCAAAACUGUUCCGACCCUCCCCGAACCCAGUCAUCAUACCUACCUACCGCGAAUGGACAGAAAUCUUGUACGUUGCAUAGUUAAAGAAUAGUCGUUAAAUCUGUUUAAAGAAACAACAGCAGCCUUGUCUGUCCUCCUAAUGAAGAAGAAAUGUGAUGCACUUUGUUUCGUUGUGUAGCCAGCCAGCCAGACGCCUGGUCGCCUGCUGGAGUCAGACGGCCUGUUUCUUUAGAGUCUGAGGUGUUGGUUGGUUUGCGUCCUGUCUCGUUGUGAGGGCAGACAGAGGCAGGCAGGAGCCCCAGGUCUGACUCUGGACAGACGAGCCCGGGCCUGACUGCAGCAGAAAUAUCGAUGGACUGCGGCUCAACAAAGAGGCCAAAAAAAAUGUCAGUUUAAAGUUUAGUGUAUUUAUUUAAAAGUCUGAGCCUGGUUUUACUUCCUAUGAUUCGACGACACAUUUUGGAAUUAGGAGGAAAGAUGUGUUGGAAGUCAGAAUGAGAUAUUAGUCUCUUAACUGUAAAUCUGGGCCUUGGAAGAAACUGAAAUGAAAUUAGCUUAAAUAAAGUAAGGUUGCAAAUUCCCAGGUAACUUUCCUAAAAUUCCCAAGGUUUUCCAGAAAUCCCAUUUGGAAGAUUCCCAGAAUCAGAAAGGAAUGAGCAGGAAAUGAUCCGGGGAUCCUGCCAACGAGGAUGCUGGGAAAGUUCGGGGAAAUGUUGCAGCCUUACUGAUAACAUUCCUCCUCCCUGGCCGACUCUCUCAGGCCUCCGUGUUGGACCUUGUGAAGCUCUUCAACACAAGUCUCCAUGUUUGGUCAGUGGACAAUUGUUUUUUUUUUUUUUUUUUUUUUUUUGGUUAUUAUUAUUUUUUAGUUUUUAUCCUUUUUUUUUCUUCUCAUGUAUAAUAACAUUUUACUCAUUGACUGUAUCUACAUAACCACACCGUCUGGUGUCAACCACUUAAUAAAAGUAACGAAAACCACAAA